GCUUUGUGUCUCCUAGCCAGCUCCCGACUUCCGGGAUUCUUUCGGGUUUGUAGGGAUUAUUUGCACCCCAGCAUCUUAGCUCAAGCAAGCGCUGUAAGCAGCUAAUUAAGACUGUGCUAAAGGGAGAAGAGACUAUCUUGGAAAAAGGGGCGGGGAGUCGGCUCUUCCUGCGGGUGGAUCCCUCAGAGGGCCUGCUUUGUGGAAAUGGAUAAAGCCAGAGGCUAAUUGUUGCAAAGCUUUCCUCUGUGCGAAGAAACGAGAACAAAAGAGCGUCUUUUUCGCCAUCCCCAUUUUGAUGCGCAUCCAGCAAGCUGUUAGUGCUGAAAGGAGCGCUGAAAUACGUGGUUGUCGUCAUAAUAUCCAGUAUUGCAAGAUCCUGUGUGAAGGAGGAAGCAUGAUCACCUUCAUGAACAACUCGGAUAGCGAGGAGGAACCCUGCAAUGAGAGAACGACUUUGAUGUCAGCUGAGAGUCCCCUCCUGCCUUCUUACCAUGAUGGUGUACAAGCACCCGAAACAACAGAAACUCUCACUCACAGGAAAGGCCGUACUGGCAGCACUGGGGGCCCUAACAAAAUUGAUGGAAACAUGGCUGACACAGAAAGAAUCGCCAGAGUGCUUGCUGCUGUGGACAGUGAGGAGGAAGAGCUGACCUUAAAAUAUGGAGCAAAACAUGUGAUCAUGCUGUUUGUGCCUGUCACGUUGUGCAUGGUUGUGGUUGUUGCAACCAUAAAGUCAGUGCGUUUCUACACAGAGAAGAACGGACAGCUGAUUUAUACCCCGUUUACUGAAGAUACACCCAGUGUAGGCCAGCGUCUCUUGAACUCCGUGUUGAAUACCAUCAUCAUGAUCAGUGUUAUAGUAGUAAUGACAAUCUUCUUGGUUCUGUUAUACAAGUACCGUUGUUACAAGUUCAUUCAUGGCUGGCUGAUUCUCUCAUCUCUGAUGCUGCUGUUCCUCUUCACCUACAUCUACCUAGGUGAAGUGCUAAAGACAUACAAUGUGGCCAUGGAUUACCCCACCCUGUUCUUCUUCAUUUGGAAUUUUGGAGCUGUUGGGAUGAUUUGCAUCCACUGGAAGGGCCCCUUGCAUCUUCAGCAAGCCUAUCUCAUAAUGAUCAGUGCCUUGAUGGCUUUGGUCUUCAUUAAAUACCUGCCUGAGUGGUCAGCUUGGGUCAUUCUGGGCGGCAUAUCAGUUUAUGACUUGGUGGCUGUUUUAUGCCCAAAGGGGCCACUCAGGAUGUUGGUGGAAACUGCACAAGAGAGAAAUGAGCCCAUAUUUCCUGCACUUAUUUAUUCCUCUACUAUGAUGUGGACUGUAGGAAUGGCAAAACCAGACAGUGCACGAAGGAGGUCUUCUGAAGAGACAUGGGAUCCAGCAGAAGGAGUAGUGAACCAUGAUGUUGGUUCUUACACUGAGCCUGCCGUUCCUGAGAUGGGAAAUUCAACAAUGAGCCAUCCAAUUAACUCUUCCUUAGAAGAAAUUAUGGAGGAGGAGAGAGGUGUCAAAUUAGGGCUUGGAGACUUCAUAUUUUACAGUGUGCUUGUGGGCAAAGCAGCUGCCACCGCUAGUGGUGACUGGAAUACAACUCUGGCUUGUUUCGUAGCCAUCCUCAUAGGCCUGUGUUUAACUCUUUUAUUGCUGGCAGUAUUCAAGAAAGCAUUACCUGCCCUUCCCAUCUCCAUCACCUUUGGCUUGAUCUUCUACUUCUCAACAGAUUAUUUAGUUCAGCCAUUCAUGGACACCCUUGCAGCUCAUCAGCUAUAUAUUUAAAGCAACAACAACAAUGAGCAUGAGCACCAACAGUCUGCCACACUUCCAGCAAUUCAGAUAGGUAUUAAGUUUUUAUUCAAACUUUUUUAUAUCAAAUACUAUUGAUUGUGAAUGUUCAUUGGUAUUUGAAGCUAUAAAAUGAAAUAUGCGUUAUCAAAAUUAUAUCAAUGUCCCCCUCUGCUUUUAAGCAUCAGAGUAGAUGGAUUUCUAGAAAGUAUGUUUGCUAAAAGUAUAUUAUAAAUCGCCCUUUCAGUUAUAUGUAAUGACAGUAGCCUGGGUCCUCAGAUAGUUAAUUUUGAAGGAAGUUCAUUGAAGAAAAGUUACUCAAUCCCACACUAUUGAGAGGUUUUUAGAGGGUUCGGGGGGGGGGGAGAUUGGCUUAUCUUGAGAUCUCUGCCAUUGUGGUAGUGAUGUAAAAAGUUCAAACUCCAGACGUACAGUUUGUACAAACCAGCCAGUAGACCAGCCUUUCCCAACCAGUGUGCCUGUUGGACCACAACUCCCAUCUUCCUGACCAUUGGCAAUGCUGGCUGAGGCUGAUGGGAGUUGUCCAACAACAUCUGGAGGCACACUGGUUGAGAAAGGCUGGUGUAGACAGUGUUAAAGAUGUUGUUGCUGAGAACAUCUUUGGUUUGACUAUCUUGGUGUUCCCAGGGGUAACUUCUCUCUUCUCAUGAACAGGAGACAAAGAAGGAGGAAAUGGCAUCUGGCAAGCCACUGUUUAAAGUCCUGGACCAGAGGGUUGGGUUGAUCUGGCACGGCAAUUCCUAAUUUGCUGUCAUUGACUUAAAAUGGGAACACAUCUUUCUUGAUGCGAUGCAAUCAAUUUUGCUUCUUGCCUCACUGCAUUUACUCACCCCCCAAAAAACUCCAUUUGUAAACUGACAGUCAGUUCAGUUCAUUUAACUGUCCAUUUUGUUCAAGAUUAUAUUAAUACAUUUCUGUUGUGGAAAGAAAAAUGUUGGAUUUAUUGCAUCAGAGUAUAUCCUUCUCUCUUUCAGGAUCAAAAUAUUUAUUAUUGGUUAUAUAGCUGGUAUAAUGAAAAAUGUAAACAUUGAGCUUAACUGCCAGUCAUAGAGUGAAAAGGAAGGAGAUCAUAACCCAAAAGAGUUGAGUCCCCAGUUAUGAGGAUGUAGCUUACUCAUUUUGUUUUUGAGAAAAGAUCUGUGUUACUGGUUCCAACUGUUACAAUCUGAGCGAACUUUACUUUCUGCUUUGGACCUAACUUUAAAAAAAAAAUCCUCUCUUUUUUUAAAAGGUUCUGUUUGUUUCCUAGCAAAAGUUCUUAGGUUUGACUUUAUGCUGUGGUGGUUUUUUUGUUGUGCUAUUGGAAUGAGCGAGUGAGAGUGUGUGUCGAAUGACUUUAGAAAUACUAUGUAAAUAUUUACUGUGGGAGUGAACUAUUUUGGGAAUAAUAUUUGUGUCAAAACAUUGGGAUGAAAUUUGAAUCCAGUGUACACAUUAAUCUAAAUGAGAAAUAGUUGGUGCUCAAAAUAUUUUAGACUUUGCCCAGCAAAUAUUUACUUUAACUUUGACUUCCUUCUAGGGAUAUUGGUCAUUUUAAGCGCUAAGCAGACCCCUUCAUCCAGCAUGAUUGAACCAUCCGGCUGGUGAAUGGAAGGUUCACUCCUGCUAGGUGCUGCUUCUCCCACUCCCACUGGUCAACUUUGACAGGUGGGUGGCCUCACCCCCAUAAUGUUGACAUACAUGGGUAGGGGAAAUAAAGAUGUGGUGCACAGGCUCAAAGAAGUUUCCCACCCAUUUUAGGGUUUUGUUUUUUUAUAUGAAAUCUGAUCUGCUUUGCUCCCAGAUGUCCCUUUCUAAGAACAACACUUCUUAUGUCUGAGCAAAAGAAAUAGUUUAAUGAAGCAAAAUGAGCUGAGAGGAAUCGGGGAGAGAACCUCCUGUGUUGUCUUGAGGCACGAUCCACUGGGAAAUCCAUGUUAAAAUGCAGCUCCCAUUCAUUUCAGUUUGGGAUUGAUGAAUUCAAUCUUUGUGAAUUUGAUGCAAAUUGACCUGGUUUGAACCUUCCAAAGGAAUGCCCAGAUCAGAAUAAUAUAAUCCAUCCUCCUUGAAUUUUAGUGAGGCAGUUCAUAGGUCAAAAAAAGUUUCCAAAAUGUGUUUUUAAAAAUGGUAUUGUAGGAUGAUCUGCAUUUAGAAACGUGUAUGUUUAGGCAAAAUAUGCACUUUUAUGAAAAUACUCAUUUCAAAAAUCUGAAUGAAAAUUUAUAAAGUUGCAUAUUAAUGCAAAAAUGGGGUUGAGUAGACAUCUGAGUGAACGCGUGAAAUUGACAGGUGAAAUUCGGUGGGCUUGAGCCUCAGGACGCCCUUGUAGGUUGUGCCCCAGCCUCUUUUUCGGGAAGCUUGCCUCGCUCUUUGACCCAAAACUAAAUCAUGAUGAAGUGUCAACCAUUUUUAUUUUCAGAAGAUACUUUAAAUUGUUUAUAUAUGAAGACUAUUGUUUACAUAGUAAUAUAAUUAAAAUGUUAUCUUUUAAGCCACUUGCAAAUCCACAUUUAUUUUCCCAUUCAUGUAAACUGUUUAAAGGAAUUUUGUGGGUUUUUAUACUUUAAAAUUGGAUCUGCUUUUUGUUAAAUGAGCUGGUACUCAGGUGCUGCAAACAUGAAGAAAUAGUAGCCAGUUGGUCCUGAAAAUAUUUCCAUGGGUAUUCUAUAAUAAAUUUAACAGGAAUUGGGAUGAACCCAAGGUACGUUGAUGGCUGAGACCAAAAAUCCAAAUGGCACACACACACAGAGUUAACUAAUAUGGGGAAACUCUGGUCUUUCACAUUCCAGUACAUUUCAUUGGGGCUUUAAAAUAACAACUGUGAAAUAAUGGAUUGUGCCCUGUGCAUUACAUGUGGAUUAUGCCUUGUGGGUUACAUCUAUCUGCUACCCAUGCUGCUUGAUCCCAUGUAGGGUUAUGUGCACAUAGCAAUAUAUAACUCAACUGGCUUAGGUAUGCCUAAGUGUGCAUCAGGUGGCAGAUUUAACGGGAAUGCCUGAAAUCUACUACCUGGAAAGUUCACUUCGGUUUGCUCUUAUUAUAGGACUAUCUCAGAUGGGAAUGUGUUGAUUUCAAGAUAAUAAACAUGUAAAUUAUAUUAUAGAAGGAAGACUUUUAACCAAGUGCAGCUUUUAACAUCCAGUGCUAUAGAAGAAGCUUCAUCUGGUUAAUUUUUUUCCUCUUAAGCAGCUCCUAAAGAUACAGGGAUCCUCAAAGUGUAGACCUCUCUGUUUCUUUUUAAGACUGUAAGUCUGCUGUCCAACAUGGCAAUACAUUUUUGAAAUAUUCAGUGAUGCGCCUGGCAACUGUAGCAAGGUGGCAAGCUUCUUGUGAACUAGACUAUUUUGAUCAGAAGUACAGUAUAUACAAACUAUGCAUCCAGACCACUAUCAGCUUUCAAAUCUAGAACAGAAUUUUAUCCCACCGUGCUUUGUUGACUUCAGUGAGAUUUCUCUUCCUCUUCUUUGAAUCAGUAUUGAAAUGAAUGGUGAUUGCAUGGUGGAUCUGUUCCUUUUAUAUUGGUUCUAAUUUUUUUCAUUAAAUUUUAUAUAGUUUUGCAUGAACGAGCAAGGAUGGGGUCUAGUUAAUAGGAAAUCAUUCUACCUGAAAUCUUUUUGAAUGUACUAUUAGCGGAUUAAUUCUCAUGAAGGGCACAUAUGUGCAUUUGAUCAAUGGGCAAGAAAUAUACUGCAUGUAUACAGGAAAGACUAACUACAUUUUUAAAAACCUGUGUACUUACUGCAAAUGCAAUAUGUACAAUAAAACAUGAUACUGACUGCAUAACUAUUGG